AAGUGAAGAACAACAUUUUGAAAAAAGUUAUAACUAUAUUUCUUAUAAAGUAAAAGCAUGAAUAGAUUACAAUUGUAUUUUAAAACUGUUACAAGUUUGAAUUGUGUCAAUUAUGAAGGUUGCAGAUAUAUUAAACGUUGGGUAUCUCCAACUCAAAAAGAAAUAACUCGUAGAAAAAGAAGAUUACCACCUCAACCUGAACCAAAGCGGAAUACUUUUACUGACUGGAAUAGAAAUACUGAAAUAUAUGCAUUUAAUCAAAGACUUUCAGAAAAUUUUGAUACUGAAAAGUUGAAUCAAGCAUUUAUACAUAAAUCAUACAUUGCUGAAGAAAUAAAAAGACAAGAAACAAUGGGAAUAAAAGAACCAGAACUUGACAUGCAACAUAAUGAAGAAUUUAUUGAAAAUGGAAAGAAAAUAACUUCAGAAGUUAUAAAAAAAUAUUUAAGUGAAAAUUUACCACAUAUUUCUGAAGCUGGUUUCAUGGCAUUUCAUAAUUAUCUCAUGUCUGAGAAAAUAUUAGCUAAAGCAUCUUUACAUAUUGGAACAAAGGACAUUAUUUUAACUGCUGUUUGUAUAUAGUUUAUUUUAAUAGAACAAACAUUAGCAGAAACAUUUUUAGCACUUGUAGGGGCACUUACUGAAAGUGUUAAUAUCGAUCAGGCAAGUGCUUUUGUUCGAGAUUUUUUAAUAGCAGCAUUGGUAGAUAAAGAUCUCACUGAGUUAUGGUGUCCAACUAAACCAUUUGAAUUUUUAAAUGAUAUGAUUUCUAUGAAGAAAAAGACAUCUAUAGAAGCUAGACUUAUUGGACAAACUGGAAAGAAUACUAUUUUAUCAGCUUACUAUAUUGGUAUUUAUGCAGAUAAAGAAUUUUUAGGUUCAGGAUUUGGACAAACAAUUGCAGAAGCAAAAGAUGUAGCUGCCGCUAAUAUAUUGUCUAAAAUGUGCGGUAUAUUACAUUCGAGUCAACCAUUACGAGUUGAUAAAAAAAUAAAUAUGUCUACUUGA